UUGGAAAUGAAAUUUAAUGCCACGACCAAAGAGGACUUCUAGUUAAGUUGCAUUCGAAGAAGGUAAACACUCCUCAGUUGAAGUCGUCGCUGCGAAGUGUAUUCCUUCCUUCUCAUCUUCCUGCUGCUGCCGCGAAUGGCCAGAUACCUAGGAGGAUUACUGGCACUGCUUUUUUCUGCUUCGAUCUGCGGAGCCGUCACGAUUCCUGGCCCCAUCUCUGAUGCUCACCGUUCCGUAGCAUCGGAGCUCUUCGGUGGCUCAUUUUCAAGUUUAGAAGAGGCCUAUGAGGCCAUCAGAGUUUUUGAGAUUCUUGGGAUUGGGAAUAAGCCAGAUGUGAGCGCAACCACGUGCAAGCAAGUAGUGGAAAAUCUUGGGUCCUCGUCCCCUGUGAAGGAUUUGUUCUAUGCAUUAAAGGUUAAUGGCAUAUUAAAGUGCAAGGUUAAUGCGGACGUUUUCAAGGAUAUUGCUGUGAGAGUUAAAGCCACUGUCAAUGAUGCAAGCACUUUGGUUGACAUGUACCAUUCAAUAGCAAGUUUGGUUCUCAUAAAGGAUCAGGCUUCUGAUGUUGAUGUGCUUCUUGCCGAUGCGGAUGGAAUCUUCCAUUCAAUCAAGGCUCUGAGCCAAAGUGAUGGAAGAUGGCGCUAUAGUUCUGAUAAUCCAGAGUCCAGUACCUUUGCCGCUGGGUUAGCACUUGAAGCACUGGCCGGAGUGAUCUCAUUAGCAUCUUCUGAAAUUGAUCAGUCUAGGGUGAAUACAGUGAAAAAUGAUAUUUUGAAGCUUUUUGACAGCAUUGAGAAAUAUGAUGAUGGAACCUUCUACUUUGAUGAGAAAUUUGUUGGUGGACGUGAGCAUCAGGCUUCUCUUUCCACAACUUCAUCUGUUGUUCGGGGGGUUACAACAUUUGCUUCUGUAAUUUCUGGAAAAGUAAAUCUUCCAGGGAAUAAAGUUUUGGGUUUAGCAAAAUUUUUCCUGGGUAUUGGAAUCCCAGGUGAUGCCAAGGACUUCUUCAAUCAAGUUGAGUCAUUAGCUCUUCUAGAGAACAACAGGGUUUCCAUCCCAUUGGUAUUGUCACUUCCUGAAACAGUUUAUUCAUUAUCCAAAAAAGAUCAGCUCAAGGUUAGGGUGAAUACAGUACUUGGUUCAGCUGCACCACCUUUAACAGUUAAGAUUGUCCGAGCUUUCCGCUCUGAUGCUAAAGAUUCAGCUAUUUUUGAGAGCAAGGAGCUCCAAUAUGAUGAAAGUAAUGGAAUUCAUGUCUUGGAAGUUUUCCCAGACAACGUGGAUGUGGGAACUUACGUGUUUGUUUUUGAGAUUGUACUUCACGAUUCUGCUGGUGAAAAUGUUUUUGCUACUGGAGGUCAAAUUCAUGUACCAAUAUAUGUCACUGGCAUUAUCAAAGUCAGCAAUGCAGAAAUUGUAGUUCUUGACAGUGAUCUUGGAAGUGUUGAAACCCAGAAAAAGCUAGAUUUGGCUGGAAAUGUUGUUGUUGAACUCUCAGCUAACCACUUGCAAAAGUUGCGCUUUUCUUUCCAAUUGACAACACCUCAUGGUCAUCCUUUUAAGCCUCAUCAGGCAUUUUUGAAUUUGAAGCAUGAGACAAACCAUGAACACGUCUUUGUGGUUGGAAAUACUGGCAAGAAGUUUGAGAUCAUUCUUGAUUUUCUUGGUUUGGUGGAAAAGUUUUAUUAUCUCUCGGGCAGAUAUGACAUUGAACUAACCGUUGGAGAUGCUGUUAUGGAGAACUCUUUCUUGCGACCUCUUGGUCAUGUUGAUUUAGAACUUCCAGAAACUCCUGAGAAGGCAGUGCGUCUUCCUCCCCUCCCUCUUGAUCCUUACUCAAGAUAUGGUCCCAAAGCUGAGAUAGCCCACAUAUUCAGGGCUCCUGAAAAACGACCACCCCAGAACCUCUCUCUUACUUUCUUGAGUUUGACUCUUCUUCCAUUUAUUGGCUUUUUAGUUGGGCUGUUACGCUUGGGGGUGAACUUUAAAAAUUUUCCAUCUUCAGCAGCACCUGCCACAUACGCUAUCCUAUUCCAUCUCGGCAUUGCUGCAGUUCUAUUGCUCUAUGUACUUUUCUGGUUGAAGCUGGACUUGUUUACUACACUCAAAACUGUAGGACUUUUGGGUGUUUUUCUUAUGUUCGUGGGACACAGAAUUCUCUCCCAUCUCGCUUCAACUUCAUCCAAGUUGAAGUCUGCAUGAGUAAAAGGAAGGUUGUCUAUUUAUAAAGACAUGAUAUGGUAAUUUGUGUUUUUCCUUGAACAUAUGGUACUAAUCCAAUUUUGUAGGACUUUGUUGUACUAAUUCGUAACAAAUUUAGAGCUCAAUUAUAUCAAAAGAGAAAUUUUUUUA